UUUUCCUUGGCUAGGAAUCAAGAGACCCUGGCAAGUGUUUAGGAUCUGAGAGGGUCAGCCCUGCCCUGUUUCUACACCCACCUGUCUGCUGUAACCCUCAGGGCCCUGGCCACGUAGGCUGUGAAGAACCAGGUUUCUGAGCAAGCUUCACCAGCAGCCGCUCCUCGGGCAGGCUGUGUCCUUCUGGAGCCUGGUGGCUGUUGGGAUGGGCCCUUGGUGGGCUCUGUGGCUGAUACUCACCCUGCCCCAAAUCCUGGAGAGUCAGAUCUCAGCCAUGUCUCAAGGCUUUCCCCAGAUGACAAGCUUCCAAAGUGACCAGUUUCAGGGAGAGUGGUUUGUCCUCGGUCUGGCAGACAACACCUUCAGGAGAGAGCACCGGGCCUUGCUGAAUUUCUUCACUACAUUGUUUGAGCUGAAAGAGAAAAGUCAGUUUCAGGUGACCAACUCCAUGACUCGGGGCAAGCACUGCAACACUUGGUCCUAUACCCUGAUCCCAGCAACCAAGCCUGGGCAAUUCACCAGGGACAACAGAGGGUCAGGGCCUGGGGCAGACAGAGAGAAUAUACAGGUCAUAGAGACAGACUACAUCACGUUUGCCCUGGUGCUGUCCCUCAGACAGACAAGCAGCCAGAACAUCACAAGGGUCAGCCUUCUGGGUAGAAACUGGAGACUUUCUCAUAAGACAAUAGACAAGUUCAUCUGCCUGACCAGGACCCAAAACCUCACAAAGGAUAACUUCCUCUUUCCUGAUUUGAGUGGUAAUGGUUUGCAUGCAGUGGGUGAUGGGGUCUGGAGAACCUGGACUAUGGUGGCACCUCCCUUGGCCUUCACAAGUCCCAUAGCCACUCUCCAGGCAGGCACUGCAGAUCUUCUGGGGAUGUGUGUGGGGUCUUACAGUCCCAGGCAGUCUGAACCAAAUGCUUGUUCACAGAGUUUAGCCUGAGCCAGAAGGGAGGUACUCAUGGCUUAUGGUCCUAUCUGAGUCCUAGGCCAUUUUGUUCCAAUCCUGUGUCCCUGUCACAAGCUGCCCUCUCCCCACACAGAUUCUCCAGUUCUGGGACACUUCUCUCUACUCUGGUUCCCUGUUCACAGGACACUGGAGUUCCUCCAUAGAAGUCUCUGAAUGCAGACAGUGUAUUCCUAGUAGGAAAGUCUUGGAGAUCCUAAGGCCUAGAGGCUUCAGGGUUGAGCCCUGUCUUCAGCCUCAUGCCUCUUAUCACUGGCGUUAGGACCUCUCCCCAAUCUCCACCCAGUCCGGGGCCAUUUCCCAUCAUGCUGCCUCCGGUACAAAACUGUCCAGCCACAUUUGAACAUGUUCUACAAGCAUGUUCUACAAGCGCUCAGACAGGCAUAUGCUUGCACACAUCUGCUCACACAUGCACCUUCACCUCUCACCCUUGUCAUUUCUAGAUAGGUUCUUGUUGCAUAGCCCAGGCUGUUCUGGGAUUCAUGAUUCUCUUGCUUUAGCCUCCUGGGUGCUGGUAUUUUUGGCCUGUGCCACCACACCCGGGUCACAUCUCAUACAUUCACAUGUGAUUACAUGUGUGUUUGUACUAACCUUAGCACUCACAGUAUCAUACUACUAUCAUGUACCACAAGUCUAGGAUCCUGUGGGGACAGGCAGUGCUAUGCAGGGGCUUCUGGAAGAGCCUGGUGCCACUCUACAGGGCAUGUCUCCUAAACCCCUCCCUGCAGCCGCUUCUGGUCUCAUCUCCCUGCCUAACUUCCAGUUUGUCUGCCUGUUGUCCCUCCUAAUUCACUCCCUGGAUCCUCCUCCUUAUCCACCAUCCCAAUACUGUCUCCUCCCCAUUAGACUGGUUACCGGAUCCACAAGUCUGCUGAAGAAGGAACAGGUUCCUGCCAGUAGAGCCUCACCCUGCCUCUGCUCUCAACACAAAUAAACACACUGCCUAUGACUCCA